GGCGGGCGGGGAGGCGCGGGUGAGCCGCCAGGGGUGAGCGGCCGGCACCUCUGGCGAGAGUGGAGGAUCCCAGCGGGCCGCUGGCCAACGACUGCGGGGCUGGCAGGUGCGAGGCGUCUGCACCUGGCGGGCGAUGGCGCCAGGCGCGAGUGCACCGGGGUAGCGCGGGCGACUCUGCUCCGCCCGGGUGCGUACGCUCGCCCAGCUCCCCGACCUUGGCGUUGGCCCACCCUGGCCCAGGCAGCUAUGGGGCUCCUGCGGCUGCUGGUCCUAGCUGUGCUGGCGUCGGAAAGUGAGGUGGCUGGUGGAACCGAGGCCUUCGGGAACUCCAGCGAGGGUCUUCUUGAAUUUUCUCUGGGGAAAUUUAGAUACUUCAAGCUCAGCAAACCUUUUCCAGUGGAAGCUAUUUUGCAUCACAUUUCAAGCAAUGUGACUUUUCUUGUUUUCCAAAUACACUCACAGUAUCAGAAUACAACAGUUUCUUUUUCUAGGACUCUCCUUCCCAAUGCCUCAGAAACAGGCACUGACAGAGGGCUAGUUUUCAUUCUGAGACCAGAGCAGAGUGUGUGCACUUGGUACUUGGAGACUUUUGAUGCCGAGCCUGUUCAAAAUAUGGCCAUUUUACUCUCCUACUCAGAAAGAGAUCCUGUCCCUGGAGGCUGUAAUUUGGAGUUUGAUUUAGAUAUUGAUCCCAACAUUUACUUGGAGUAUAAUUUCUUUGAAACAACUAUCAAAUUUGCCCCAGCAAACCUGGGCUAUGCGAGAGGUGCAGAUCCUCUGCCGUGUGAUGUUGGAACGGGCCGGGACUCUAGGUGGAGGCUGCAGUAUGAUGUUUAUCAGUAUUUUCUGCCCGAGAAUGACCUCACUGAGGAGGUUUUGCUAAAACAUCUGCAGAGGAUGGUCCAGGUGUCCCAGGUGAAGGCCAAUGCCGUCAAGGUGGUUACUCUAAAAGGUGAUGAUAAGACAACUGUUUCCUUCUCCUCCAUCCCUGGACAAGGUGUCAUUUACAAUGUCAUUGUUUGGGACCCAUUUCUGAAUACGUCUGCUGCUUAUGUUCCUGCUCACACAUAUGCUUGCAGCUUCAAGGGUGUGGAUGGUAACUGUGCUUCGCUUGGAAGAGUAUCUACCAAAGUGUUCUUCACUCUUCUUGCCCUGCUUGGAUUCUUCAUUUGUUACUUUGGACACAGAUUCUGGAAAACAGAGUUAUUCUUCAUAGGAUUUAUCUUCAUGGGAUUUUUCUUUUAUAUACUGAUUACAAGACUGACACUCAUGAAGUAUGAUGUGCGCCUGAUCCUGACAGCUGUUGCUGGAAGCAUGGGUGGAAUCCUCUUGGUGGCUGCGUGGUGGCGAUUUGGAAUCCUCACGCUGUGCAUGCUGUGUUUGGGACUGGUGCUGGGGUUCUUCGUCUCAUCAGUGGCUUUCUUCACUCCACUGGGAAACCUAAAGGUUUUUCAUGAUGACGGAGUGUUUUGGGUGACUUUCUCUGGUAUAGCCAUCCUCAUCCCAAUAGUUUUCGUGGGCUGCCUAAGAAUACUGAACAUACUGACCUGCGGAGUCAUUGGUUCCUAUUCGGUGGUUUUGGCUGUUCACAGUUACUUGUACACAAGCCUUUCUUACAUCACUUUGAAUAUACUCAGGAGAGCACUGAAUGAGGAAUUUCUCAGCGCUUUCACUAAUGUGCCUUUUCAAACCAAUGACUUUGUUAUCCUGGCCGUGUGGGGGAUGCUGGCUGUAAGUGGAAUUACAUUUCAGAUUAGAAGAGAAAGAGGACGACUGUUCUUUCCUCCCCACCCAUACAAGUUAUGGAAGCAAGAGCGGGAGCGCAGAGUAACGAACAUUCUGGACCCUAGCUACCACAUUCCUCCGCUGAGAGAGAGGCUCUAUGGCCGAUUAGCCCAGAUCAAAGAACUCUUCCAGAAGGAACAACCCGCUGGAGAGAGAACACCCCUGCUUCUGUAGCUAUCCGGGGGCUCAGUCAGUGUGUCUCUGCUUUGGUGUUUAUGCCCACGCCACUUCCAUAAUUCCAGUGUGAGUCUAAGAAGAGAUCAGGCAUAUGUAUCUGUGUUUUGUGUAAUACUCUGGUGUCUUUAAUGAUAGAUGGUAAGGGUCUUCUAGGGAAUUAGGAUGAUUCCAAGGGACGGAAUGAAAAAGACCAUGGUAGGAGGCUUUUCCUGAUUUCCGGCUACUUGAGAAAUUAGUUUACAAAUAAAUGAUCAGCUUAUUCCAUUAAAUAGAUACACUAAAAAAAAAUAAUUAAGAACUG